AUGUACAUUCAUGUACAUUCAUAUGUACAUUCAUGUACAUUCAUGUACAUUCAUGUAAUUCAUGUACAUUCAUGUACAUUCAUGUACAUUCAUGUACAUUCAUGUACAUUCAUGUACAUUCAUGUACAUUCAUGUACAUUCAUGUACAUUCAUGUACAUUCAUGUACAUUCAUGUACAUUCAUGUACAUUCAUGUACAUUCAUGUACAUUCAUGUACAUUCAUGUACAUUCAUGUACAUUCAUGUACAUUCAUGUACAUUCAUGUGUACAUUCAUGUACAUUCAUGUGUACAUUCAUGUACAUUCAUGUGUACAUUCAUGUACAUUCCAUGUACAUUCAUACAGCCAGACUGAUUGA